UGAAAUUUCAAAUUUGAAGUUUUGAAUAGUGAAACUUCAACUCCCAAAACUUUAAAUUUAAAGUUUUGAAGUUUAUUUUUAGAGAGUAAAAAAUUCCAUAUUUGAUGUUAUAUAGUUUCUUUUGGAGAUAUUCUAAAUCCACGUAUAAUAGUAGCAAAUUUUAAGUAGAUUUGUGGUCAUUUGUAAAUUAAAAUGCGGAAGCUUUUAAAAAAAUUCUUAUUAUACUUAACAAAAUUAUAACAUACUACGUUUCAAAAUAAUCCAUGAUUUUAAAAAAAAAAUACAUUUUACAUUUAAUAUGUUUAUUAGCUUUUUUAAAUGUGUUUAUUAGCUAUUAAUAAUAAAUUAUUAAUUUUGUACAAAAUUGAAAGUUUAACAAAUAAUAACAUACUUUUUUACUUGUUUCUGAUUGAAGGUUAAAUUUAUUGCAUAAAAAAUAUUUAUUACAUCAAAUGUAACAAAGAAUUGAAAGGAAAACAAAAAGAAUGAAUUGAUCAAAAAAAUGGUAAACUACGUAUAGGUUAAUUUGUGUCUUCGGAUUUUGGUAAGCUAAAAACUGCAAGAAAUAAUUAAUCACAAAUUAAUGCAUUUAUAAUUAAACUUUAAUUUGUUUAUUAAUAGGUUUGAUAACUCUAAAACAUAAAUUGUUUUUAAACACAUGAAGUAUUAAAAAUCCUAUUUAAGCAAAAGACUGGUGCACAAAAUGUCUUGUAUCAGUUUGGUUUUAUUUUUAGGAGUUUAAACUUAGUAACAAAAUUGAAUUUAGACUUUUUCUUCGUCCCUCCAUUUAUGCCGCCGAAAAUAUGCAAAUUCUUUUCUCUUUUAUCCAAUAAGCCAAUCAAUCAAAAUCCAUCUCAGUUCUUAUAUAAAUAUGUCAAUCUUUACACUUCAUUUAUAAAAACCACAAUUUACUUAAGUGAAAUAAAAAUCUUUAAUAAUGAAAUGUCCAUAUUCUCUAUCCAAACAAUUUUCGAUCCCUAUUUUGGUCAUGCAAUUCCUCAUCAUACAAAGUGUUUCGUCACUGAACCUUACCAAUGAGUAUCUCAACCACAAAUGCCUCAAUCAAGGGAAAUAUAACUCCGGAAGUGAGUACGAGAACAAUCUCAACUCGAUCUUUCAUGACUUUUCUACUAGUGAUUAUGCUGAAACCGGUUUCUUAGACGCAAGUCUUGGAAAAACGACAGCCGAUUCUGUUACUCUCACUCUACAGUGUCUCCAGUGUCGUGGUGACUCUUAUAGAUCUAAUUGCCGUAAAUGCGUUGACACUGCAAUUUCGGGGGUAAACGAGCUAUGUCCGAGUAACAAAGGAGGAAUAGUAUGGUACGAUCAAUGUCUUCUCUAUAUUACUACAAUCAAAGAAAAGAGUCCAUUCAAGAUUAAUUACGAGAACAUUUUUUCUAUGCACAACCCAGAUAACGUGAGAGAGGAUGCAAAACUGUUUGCUAUGAGGGUGAGGGAUUUUUUCUCUGAGCUAACACUUAAAGUCAAGAAAAUCACCAAUAAUGGUCUUCUCAAUUUUUACUCGGCGGGAGAAAAGAAGCUCGGGAAAAAUAAAUUAUAUGCAAUGGUGCAAUGUAUAGAACUAACAAGAGAUUGUAAAAGUUGUUUGGCAUGGAGUAUCACAAAGCUUUUUAAAAACAACGACAUUAAACAAGGUGGGAGAGUUUUGGGUACAAAUUGUAAUGUAAGGUAUGAGCUAUACCCUUUUCUUAGAAGUUAAGCAUUUUUAAGUUAUGUUUACUUUUUCUUUUUGUUGCUAAAAUGCAAUAUACAUAUAUCAAUAAAAAGAGUGUUUACAAAAGAAGAUCCAAAGAUAUUCUUAGAAGCAAAAAUGACACAUCAUUUGUUAAUUUUUUUUUAAUUCGAAUAAAUUUAACAUUUAUUCAAAACAAAAGUUUAAAAGAUCAAAACUGAAUUUUCAAAAACAAUGAUUUUCGAAUGGGUUGGAAUUCUUGAGCCUAUAACCCAACUGACUUGUUUUCAACCUCAGUAUCUGAAAGCUUUGCUUUGAUGACUUCAGUUGAUAGUUGAUAUGAUUAUGAAUAUGAUGUUUGGUAACUCUCUUACUGAGUGAUGAGGCUACUGGUUCUUACUGCGAUUAAGGUUUUUUCCAGAUUAAAUAUUUGGUUGAUUGAAAAGUGAGUUUAACAGGCACCAUGUCAUGCUCAUUUAUCCUCGUAUGCUUUAUUGUGCAUUGCAUGAUCUACCAGUCCAGCCCAGGUUCAUCUUCUCUCAGUAGUUCUGAGCAGAACAAUUCUCAUAACUUACGUGAAUUCUAAAACGUUGAACCAGUUGAAAAUUAAAAUUUGUGUUCACAAGUGUUGUAUGUCUUUUAUCUGAAACAAUUUGGUUAUAUAUAAUGACAUGUGUUUCAUUGUAUGAGCAUCAAAACUAGCUAGUUUUAAAAAAUAAAAACAUGAGUUCUAAUAUCAUUGGUUAUUGAAAAUUAUGACAUUUUUUCAUUAAUUUAGAAGCCAUUUUUAGAGCUAAAUUUUGAUAUAUAUAAAAAUUAACAUAUAUUUUAUUUAUAUUUUAUAGUCUGCAAUCAGAGAUUUAUUUCAUUUGGUUUUGACAUAAAAAGAUAUUUUAUUAAUAUUUGUUGUUAUUAUUAAUAAUUUUUUUUAUUUUAAUUUUGUAUUUGUUUUUAUUUCUGCGUAAUUUGUUUUUAAUUUUCAUUUCAAUUGAAUAUUUUAUUAAUAUAUAAUUUCAAAAUUGUAAAAGAGUAUAAGAUAAAAUUAGUGGGAUAGAAUGUUAAAUUUGAUUAAAAUCAUUAUAAGAUAUCUCAUCAAAUGGAGGUACUAGAACUUGACACAUGUCCAAUUUUUUUAAAACAAUGCAUUUAGUAAAGUGUCUGAAUGUAUUAUAGGUCUUGUCUUCGUUUGGGCUUUGUUUUUAGAAUUUAAUGCGGUUGGUUUCGAGUUGCUCAAGCGUUCUCUGAACGGUUAGAUUCAUCCUUAAGGUUCUUAUCAUUCUUUGGUCUCCGCCGUUUGGAGACAUAUAUGCUUAAGUCGGCGUCACAAUUCUGUUCCUUGUUGACUACAUUUGAGCGUGAGUCUUAUGAGACAAACCCAUUCAAUGCUAUCAUUCCUGAUUUUCUUUUCAAUUUCUGUUUUCCCUUGAAAUUUUGUUUCAUUUUAUGAGACAAACCCAUUCAAUGCUAUCAUCCCAAAAAACCACUAUAUUAAGUAUACCACAAUUAUUAUUACAUGAUAGCAACUAUCAAGAGUUCAAGACCAACAAUAGAGAAACUAAUUUGAUAGUACAUUUCACCAAGAAAAAUAUAUAUAGAUAGUUCUUACACAUUAUUAUAGUUAAUAAAACAAACUUUGUUUAUAGAUCUAUAUCAUUUAAAAAAACUGAUAGUUUUAACGAAACAAGCAUUUGGUUUUCAUAAUUUACAUUGUUUUAUUUAAAGAUGGUGGUCAUUACAAAAAUGUUACAUUAAACAAAAUAUCAAUUUUAAUAAAUUAGUAGAAUUUUAGAAGAAACUAAUAUUUCUCAAAAGCACAAUUUAUUUUCAUAAACUCCUAACAAAAUUCAAUAAUCUAUAUUAUUCAUCACUCAACGUAGACCAUGAAAUAACCUACUAAUUCAUCUUAUACAAUUACUACAUUAAAUCAAUAAAAAUAACAAAUUUACCAUUAACACUGAAAAUUCAUCACACAUUAUAAAAAUAAAUUAAACAAACACUACUAUCUUAUGCAUAAACAAAUGUAUAUUUAAAACAUCAAAAUCGACAAAACAAUAUGCAAAUGUUCAUAACACAAAUAUAAGAUAUUCUGCACGUAACGCGGACUGUCCAUAGUAAAAAUAAAAUAAUUGUUUGAUAACUUGGUAAAUAAACCUUAAAAUUAUCCAAAACUAAUAUGUAAAGUAUAAAAGUUGGCAAUGUUAUUUGAAAGAUACAUAACAGUAAAAGCUAAAAGAUAUGAAACUUUAAAUAUAAUGUUUUGAACAGUAAAACUUCAAAUAUAAAAUUUUUAUUGUCAAAAUAUUUGAAAAUUUAAGGUUGUCUUUAGAUAUUGUUAAUAUGGAUUGUUAAUAUAGACUGUUAAUAUGGAUUGUUAAUGAUAUUAUUAACUAGGGGUCGCGCGGAAUUAGGAUUUGUGUUAAUUUAUUUGUUAUUCUUGUUUUGUUAUUGGUGGUAGAUUUCUUUUGUAGUUCUGUCAUUCGGACCGUGAUAGUAAAUUGCCGUGGUGAGAUGGGGUUGGUUGGUCUCUUUUGAACGUUUAUAAACGUGGUGAAGGUAUGAGUAUAUGGAUGUUGAAAUAUAGGAAAAAUGUGUUAAAAAGGUGGUUUUAUUCACCACAUACGUGUUACUUAUCAAGUUGUUGUAGGUUGACAUACGGAAUGUGGGAUUGUCCAAUAAGGGUAAAUAAAAUUUAGUCUCAGUGAGCCACAAAAAUUGUAUGUCAUUCAGUUUGUCAAGAUGAAAGCUAAGCUAAGAAUGAAGAUGAAGUAUAAAAGGAAGCUAGAGUAAAGAGUAGAGUCAUGCUUUGUAUGUUAAUGUUAGUAGACUCCAUGAGUCUCGAGUGACCGUUUCGAUCAAGCAUCUUGUAAUCCAUUUCUGAUAAUAAUAAAUAAAGGAGUAAAGAGAAAUCAGCUGGUGGUUUUGAUUGCAAGUUUUUAAAAUAAUGGAACUGGUGUAUAAGUUUGUUGUUGAUUUCAUUUAUAUGACCACCAAAGUAGUUUAAGUAGACUAUAAACAACUGUUUCAGAAUAUAUAAACAAACGUAUGUGCGCAGUAAGUGCAAAUACGUUUUAAAUUUAUAUGGUGGGAGUUUAAAACAAAGUCGAGGAAAGCAUAAAGUGAGACUUUAAGAUAACAAAUACCAGCAUUAAAAUGGAGCUUAAUAAAUAUAUAAAUCAACAUCUGUGUGGAAUAAGUGCCAACCCGUAUUUAAUUUCCAUGGUGGAAGUUAAAAACAAAGGUGAGGAAACCA